AUACAAACUUAAGCAAUCACAGCAACUAGCAAACAUUCUUUCAAGGACCUCAUAACAGAAAUACACAAAGUUAGAGAAUAUGGGAACCUCAAUUGGGUUGAGGCAUUGGCCUCAACUCAUCUAUGCAAUUGCAUUUUGCUUAAUCGCAAGCAGUGUAUCUGCUGAUGAUGAUAAUAAGCCUUACUAUCAAAGCCAACCAAACAAUCAUUAUCCAACACCACCAAAUCAUGGACAACAGCCGCCAUAUUACUACAAGUCUCAACCCCCACCAUCUCCUUAUGUCGACAAAUUCCCUCCAUAUUACUACAAAUCUCCACCUCCUCCUUCUCCAUCACCACCACCACCUUAUGUCUACAAAUCUUCUCCACCUCCAUCACCCUCUCCUCCCCCACCAUACGUUUACAACUCACCGCCACCUCCGUCCCCUUCACCUCCUCCUCCAUAUAUUUACAAGUCACCACCUCCUCCGUCUCCUUCACCUCCUCCACCAUAUGUCUAUAAGAGUCCGCCACCACCCUCUCCAUCACCACCGCCUCCAUAUAUCUACAAGUCACCUCCUCCACCAUCUCCCUCACCACCCCCACCCUAUGUUUAUAAGUCCCCACCACCUCCAUCCCCUUCACCUCCACCUCCAUAUGUUUACAAGUCACCACCUCCUCCAUCUCCUUCACCUCCCCCACCAUAUGUUUACAAGAGUCCACCACCACCCUCUCCAUCACCACCACCUCCAUAUAUCUACAAGUCACCUCCUCCACCAUCUCCCUCACCACCUCCACCAUAUAUUUAUAAGUCACCACCACCCCCUUCCCCUUCACCUCCUCCACCAUAUGUCUACAAGUCGCCACCCCCACCAUCCCCAUCCCCCCCACCUCCAUAUAUUUAUAAGUCUCCACCCCCACCAUCACCUUCACCCCCUCCACCAUAUAUCUACAAGUCUCCUCCUCCACCAUCCCCUUCUCCCCCCCCACCAUAUGUUUAUAAGUCGCCACCACCUCCAUCCCCUUCACCUCCUCCUCCAUACGUCUACAAGUCACCACCUCCACCUUCCCCGUCUCCACCACCUCCAUAUGUUUAUAAGUCCCCACCCCCACCCCCACCAUCACCUUCACCCCCUCCACCAUAUGUAUACAAGUCUCCACCUCCACCAUCUCCAUCCCCACCACCUCCAUAUGUUUAUAAGUCUCCUCCUCCACCAUCCCCUUCACCACCACCACCAUAUGUUUAUAAGUCGCCACCACCUCCAUCCCCUUCACCUCCUCCUCCAUACGUGUACAAGUCACCACCCCCACCUUUCCCAUCUCCACCACCUCCAUACGUUUAUAAGUCCCCACCCCCACCAUCACCUUCACCCCCUCCACCAUAUGUCUACAAGUCACCUCCUCCACCAUCUCCAUCCCCACCACCUCCAUAUGUUUACCAGUCUCCACCUCCACCUUCUCCUUCUCCUCCUCCACCAUACUAUUAUAAGUCCCCGCCUCCUCCUUCGCCAUCACCUCCUCCUCCAUACGUGUACAAGUCACCACCUCCACCAUCCCCUUCACCUCCUCCUCCAUAUGUUUACAAAUCUCCACCCCCACCAUCUCCUUCACCUCCUCCACCCUAUGUCUAUAAGUCACCACCACCUCCUUCACCUUCACCACCUCCUCCUUACUACUACAAAUCUCCACCUCCACCAUCUCCAUCACCUCCUCCACCAUAUGUUUACAAGUCACCGCCACCUCCUUCUCCUUCACCGCCGCCUCCUUACGUUUACAAGUCUCCACCUCCACCAUCUCCAUCACCUCCUCCAUAUCAUCCCUAUCUCUAUAACUCACCCCCACCUCCCAUCUAUUAAGCUUAUGGCUAAAGUCGUGUGAAACUUUUCAAUGAAUUAUGUUAAACAUUGUUGUUGUUGUUUCUUAAUUUGUAUUUAAGCUUUUAUUUGUUAAUAAAACAAUCUCCAUUGGAUUAAGAGCCUAAGUUUUGUUCUAGUGUAAUUGUGUAUGUAUGGUGCUAAUUCAUAAGUCUAUAUUAUCUACUUCCUUUA